UGACAUCAAACAGUCGAAGUAUAAAAUUUGCCGUGAAAGUGUUGGAUCGCACCGACAAAAUUUGCCACAAUGGCAGAUUAAUUUUGAAUUAAACCAGAUUUUUUUCCGUGGAACAAGUAGUAUUAUUCGGGGAACGGAAAAUUCGCUUUUUUAUUUAUUGAAAUCACGCGCGCGUUUCGUUAAUUUCCGUUCCGACUAAUGAGUGAAACGUGAAUGUGUCAAAAUAGUGGAAAACUCGGAUGAAAAAAGAAAACAGAUUUUACCGUUAAUCAUUUGGUGAAUGUAUUUUUUGUGGGGGGGUUGAUGGAAUAUUAUUAUUGCUGAUGUGGGCUUUGUGAAAGUGUAAUAUAAUGUUACGGCUAUGACAGCAUGAGUAUUGUAUGAUGAAUUGUGGAAAUUAACACACACACACACACACACACAUCUAAUGUGCACAUUUCUAUAUAGAUAUAAAGUGCGAAACACUCUGUGAGCCGACACUUAUAUGAAUUUAUUAAUUUUUAAGUAUAGAAAAUCUUAAAUGAGAUAAUGAUUAAUGAGGCUGGUACGCAUUGUGUGCUGUGAAUUUAAGACGGAAAAAUUAUCGUUCGUGCCGGAUAUAUAAUGGAAUAAACAAAAAAAAACUCAAACAAUUUGGAUAAACGCAUAAUUGGAUUACUUUUUCGUUUCUUUUUACGUUAAUCUGGUGUACGGAAAAGAACGGUGACUUUCCAAGAGGGUUUAGAUUUACACAGGCGAGCUGCAAAACUGCGCGGACAGAUAAGCGAAAUAUUUCAUCACUUGUCGGUAAAAUGUAUCGAUGCAACAAUCAUGAAAUCUUGUUUGCGAAAGAGCCUGUGCAUCGAAUAAUUUAACGAGCCACACAAAGAGAAGAAGAAGAAAAAAAAAGUCCCGAAUCGAAUCACGUUUCUGUUUUGUGCGUCACCUCCGAAUUUUAAAUGAAUAAUAAUCUGGGCCGUGUGUGUGUGUAAAUAAUGUGGCAGUGUGAAUCGUAUUCAGUGCUAAUUAAAGUGUGUCGUUAGUAAUUAACAACGCACAUAAUGGUAAUAGCAAUAUUAAUUUUGCUACCAUUUUUCAUCCCGAUAACAUGGGGCAAUAGUGAUGUGACACCAUUAGCAUCACGUGUUGUACAUACGAAAUAUGGUGCUGUCUCAGGUGUUAUUGUGCAUUUAGAGGGACGGAAUUUGGAUCCGGUGGAAGCAUUCAAAGGAAUACCGUAUGCAUCACCGCCGGUUGGUUCGUUACGAUUUAUGCCGCCCGUAACGGGAGCACUGUGGAGCGGAGUGAAAAAGGCAGACAGAUUUGGUCCCGUAUGCCCGCAGCGACUACCAAAUAUAUCAAAUGAAACCGCAGCCCUCGACAAAAUGCCAAAGGGUAGAUUAGAAUAUCUACGUAGAUUAUUUCCUUUCCUGCAAAAUCAAUCGGAAGACUGUCUCUACUUGAAUAUAUACGCGCCGAUACAAGUUGGUUCGAGAGACAGUGCGAAUGGUCCGACGAAAUAUCCGGUAAUGGUUUUUGUGCAUGGCGAAUCCUAUGAAUACAACAGUGGAAAUCCAUACGAUGGAAGUGUUCUAGCUUCUUAUGGUCAAAUUAUCGUUGUUACGUUAAACUAUCGGCUGGGAAUUUUAGGUUUCCUGAACGCAAACACCGAUCGAUACUCUAAAUCUCCAGCCAAUUAUGGACUGAUGGACAUUAUCGCUGCAUUACAUUGGCUUCAAGAGAAUAUCGGAGCUUUUGGUGGUGAUCCUUUACGAACAACAUUAGCCGGUCAUGGGACCGGUUCGGCAUGUGUUCAUUUUCUUAUUACAUCAAGUGCGGUGCCAGAAGGAAUGCUGUUCCAUCGUGCUAUGCUGAUGUCGGGAUCCGGACUGGCACCAUGGUCAUUAGUGAGCGAUCCAGCUCAUUAUGCGGCCAUUGUUUCCCAUCAUGUUAAUUGUUCGCCGGAACUGCCAUAUUCACAUCUUAUGAAGUGUUUGCGUGAGCGUCCCCUCGAGGCCUUACUGUCCACUCCCAUUCGACCGCCCGAUUUCGGUAACGCGUUUGGACCGAGUGUGGAUGGUGUUGUUAUAGAUACAGACGAAAUCGUUCCACAAGAUACCGGACACUAUGACUAUGGUGUACCAACGCCGAAAACCCAAACCCACCAUCCACUUAAUACCCUAAAUACAAUCAAUUCCGUUCUACUUCGCAAAACUUCCAUAAAUAAAUUAUCAAGGUACGAUUUUUUGGUUGGUGUAACGCGCGCUGAGGCAUAUUUUGCAUUUAAUUCGGAAGACGUUCAGUAUGGCAUCGAAGCCGAACGACGAUCGAAAAUUCUGAAAACAUACGUACGGAAUACCUACAGCUAUCAUUUGAAUGAAAUUUUGGCUACCAUCGUUAACGAGUACACAGAUUGGGAACGUCCUGUUCAGCAUCCGAUUAACAUUAGGGAUGAAACACUGGAAGCGUUGAGCGACGCCCAGGUUGUCGCACCGGCUGCACAGACAGUUGACCUGCAUUCGGCUGAUCAUAGAAAUUCCUUUCUGUACGUUUUUGAUUAUCAAACAAAGUUUGGUGAUUUUCCUCAGCGUCAAGGAUGUAUUCACGGCGAGGAUUUGCCUUACGUUUUUGGUGCGCCACUAGUCGGAGGGUUCAACCAGUUUCCGCGAAACUACACAAAGUCGGAGAUAUCGCUGUCCGAAGCCGUGAUGCUGUACUGGUCGAACUUUGUCAAAAGCGGAAAUCCGAAUGAGCCACCCGAGCCGGAACACGGCGGCCGACAAGAACGAAAUCGUUUCAAGAAUAUCGAGUGGACACCGUACGAAAGUGUUCACAAGAAAUAUUUGAAUUUAGAUACCAAACCGAAGCUGAAAAACCACUAUCGCGCCCAUCGACUGUCGUUUUGGUUGAAUUUGGUUCCUGAUCUACACAAGCCCGGCAGUGAUGAUGUGCCCAGUUCACACCAUCAACUCGAAGACGAUGAACCACCAUUACCUGUAGCAACUGUGAAACCGCUGAAUCCACCACUGAAACGGGAACCGCAGUCCUCGAAUGUGUCGAUAUUCACAACGCAAGUGUUCUCUUUGCUGAAUCUAACGUCGUCUUCCAACAAUGGCUCUAAAUCCAAUCAACAACACAAAGUGUCCAGUUUAGACGCGGAACAGAAUGACGAACUCCAUCAAGCCAACAAUCAAAAUCAAGAAGAUGGUUUUGCCGCGUACAGUACGGCACUUAGUGUAACAAUAGCAAUCGGUUGUAGCUUACUAAUUUUAAAUGUGUUAAUCUUUGCCGGUGUAUAUUAUCAACGCGACAAAACUCGUUUAAAUGAACCACGCGGCGUCAAAAAACGCAACGAAAACGGCCAAAUGCCGAACAACAUUUGCGGCGAACUGGAAAAUUUGACCAUACACUCGAAAAGUGAUCCGGCCACGAUAUUAGGUCAUCAUCAUGCCUUGCAGCAUCAUCAGAUGCCGCCACCCGAAUUCGCCGAUAUGCCGCAACGAGCACCGUUACCGCCAAAACACAUGAAACCAAUGUCCGAUAAUCAACUGCAUCCGGCCCAUGCAUUGCAGAUUAUCGGCGGCAAUUGCGGUACGUUGCAGAAGAAAAGUUGUGUCAAAAACAGUAACAAUUCGGGGACGUGCCAGAAUCCAAUGGAUGAGUUGCGUGUGUGACGAUAGCAGAGAUGCGAGUGCGGUGUAUACGAAAAAUAAAAUUGAGAGAGAGAGAGAGAAAAAUGAGCGGUGCGAGAGAAUGAAAAUCUGGAAUGGACAGUGAACGACGAAAACCAAAAAACUGUUUGAAUUUUGAACGUGAAAAUGUAAAAAAGAGAAAAACAAAAAAAUUAGCAAUCUUCUCCCCGGUGUAGCUUGUAGCUUGUACAACAAGAAUUUUAUAUACUCAACUACAACCCAGACACACAAAACAAACAAAUAUGGAAAAAUAUUCAGUAAGUACGUAAGAUAUAUUUAUAAAUGUAUAAUCGGGUUCGUAUGUAAACGACUGUAACCGUUACACACAUAAAAUGUAAGUGUUCAAGUGUUUCUAGGACCAAAAAGAAAAAAGAAAAAAAAAAUCGUUUUCGUUUUCCCUUUCCCUUUUGCGUAAAAUCCCCAUCACAAGCACUAAUUGUUACAUCUAAUAUUUUAAAUGGAAAUCGGCGGUGAGGGAAUUAAUUCAGUUUAAAUGAAGAACAGUUCUCUUCGCGCACACCGUUCGGUUUCGGUUGAGACUCGCUUUCACAAUUUUCGUAAUUGUGUUAAGAAGUCAGGCACAAUGAGCUUUUAUUACCUACCCCACGUGAAAGUUGACCAUUACGUAGCAGUAUGCCCCAUGCGAAACUUGACCAUUACAAGAAGAAUAUUUUCGGUUAAUUUUACGGGGAGAUGCGGGAAAACAGGAAAAGUAGGAAAAUAUGCAGUUUGGCUUGCUUUCUACCCUCUUGCUAUUGGUAUACAAACCCGAUUUUCUGUUUCGUCUCGUCUCGUCAAUACCUUUCACACGAUUUUUGAGCUAAAACAUCCAGAAACAUCAAAGGCAAGUGAAAAACAGGCAAAACAAAACAAAAUCUUUGUUUUGGGAAUUUGACUUCAAACUUCCAACGCCGUUUUGAAGCAGUUCCCAUUGGGUCGCGACAACGUGACUACACUAGAAAGAUAGGUGGCCACGCAAAACACCAUAUUCAUAUUCAUAUUUUUCUGAAAUGUUGCGUUUCAAAACAGUCGGCGUAUUUGCCUGUUUCCCGUCGGAAAACAUGGGGAAACAGGCAUAUAUGCUGACAGUUUUGAGACCCAACUUACAACUUUUUUUGACUUUUACGUUUUUUACCUCUGUUUUGCGUGCCUAACUAAUUUUCUAGCGUAAUCAUGUCGUCGUGACUCAACGGGAAGUGCUUCAAAACAGCGAAGGAAGUUUGAAGUCAAUUUACCGAAACAAAGAUUUUAUUUUGUUUUGCCUGUUUUCCACUAGUUUCUCAAGCGAAUCUCCGGAUGUUUUCGCUCUAAUUUUACUGCAUAUUUUCCUACUUUGCUUGCUUUCUCGCAUCUCAAUUCUUUUGAUAAUUAACUUUCGCAAGGGGACCUCGGAUAUGCGGGAAAACAGGAAAAGUGUACACUUCAAAGACUUUUAAACACUCAAAUUGUGACAACACCAACUUUUACAUAGUUAACUAUUGCAUCUGAAGAUUUACGGAAGAAAAUUCCACAAGAAAAAGGAAAUUCGCUGUUUUUCUGAUUCCUGGCUACGAAUCCAAUUUCCAAAGACAAAAAUUUUUCUGAUUCAUCUAGUCAAUAUUUAUCGUUUGACAUAUCCUGGGUUGUCCAUGUAGCUCAAUGGGUUGAGCGUGGAUAUGUCACGGGUUCGACUCCCGUGUGAGACAUAGUUCAUCGGGGUUUUCCUGGUCUUAAAUCAUUAGUGUCUGCUGUUGGUUCAAACUAGUCAGCUCUAUCGACCGUAAUAUAUCUCUACGAAAUAACCAAAAAUGCUGAAUACGUCACAUGCAUUAGUAAAAAUCGAGAUUCUAAAAUGUCAACUACCAGCGACACCUAUGUUUUAAUAGAUGAAACAAUAGCUAUUUUUGUGUACAAACCAGAUUUUACAAAAAUUGGAUAUUUUGAUUCGUCACGUCAAAUACCUUUCUUUUGACAUCUGAAUGUAUUGGUUGAAAAGCUGGCACAAAACAGGUAAAACAAAGCGAAAACAUUGUUAAACUUGACUGCAAACUUCUGGCCCUGUUUUGUAGCAUUUCCCGUUGAGUUUUGAUAAUUUUUACGGCAGAAAGUUAUUUGGGCACCCAAAAGAGAUGUAAACAAUGUAAAACUUUUAAAUUUUCCCGCUGUUUUCUGACGGGAAACAGAGAAGUACAUGAAGUGGCGAUUCAAUAUUUGUGACCAAUACGUCAAAUGAAAGGUAUAGAUCAUUGCCAAUGUCGUUUGAAAUGUCAAAUAAGUUGUCAUUUUCAUAAA